AUGUCGACAGCUACUGUCACAUAUAAUGCUUCGGAUGUUACAGUAACUGACAACUCAGGGGAAACUCUUGUUCCAACUACCACAACAUCAUUUCCAGCUCAAUUUGUGGUAGGAUCAAAUAAUAUAACGUAUACAGCCACUGAUUCCUCCGGAAAUACCGGUAGUUGCACGUUUACAGUAAUGGUUGAAGAUAGCGAAGGUCCUGUAUUGACAUGUCCCCCUGACACCAGCUUACCAACUGACGAAAGAAUGUCUACAGCUAUUAUCACAUAUAAUGCUUCGGAUGUUACAGUAACUGACAACUCAGGGGAAACUCUUGUUUCAACGACUACAACAUCAUUUCCAGCUCAAUUUGUGAUAGGACCAACCAAUGUAACGUAUACAGCUACUGAUUCUUCAGGAAAUACUGGUAGUUGCACAUUUACAGUAAUGGUUACAGAUAUCGAGGAUCCUGUUGUCAAUGCUUGUCCUAAAAAUUUCACGCUGCCAACAGACGAGGGUGCUCCUGAUCGAGUAGUGUACUGGAUAAAUCCAACAGCAACAGAUAAUUCAGGAAAUGUUUCUAUCUCUUACAUAUCGCAUACAAAUGGCUCAACAUUUAUUCUAGGUGAAUCUACAGUUACGUAUAAUUUUUCUGACCCAUCUGAAAAUACAGCAACAUGUGAAUUUAUCGUGACAAUAAUUGAUGUUGAACCUCCAACGGCUGUUAGUUGUCCCAGUGAAGCUAUUUAUAGCACUGAUCCUGGAGAAAAUGAUAGAGAUGAUGUUGAUUGGGUUGCACCAUCAUUUUUUGACAAUGCUCCAUCAAACAUGGCAUUGGUAUUUAAUAGUAAUGGAAUUCCUCCAGGGUCCAAUACGUUUCAACUCGGAACUACUGAAGUAACGUAUACGGCUACAGACCAAGCCAUGAAUACUGGAUAUUGCACAUUCUAUAUAACAAUCAUCGACACUGAACGUCCUAUUGUAAUGUGUCCCGACGACAUAUCAACAAACUCAUCUGAAGGCGCAGCAACUGCUUUAGUGAACUACACAGCAACUGCGACGGACAAUGUUGAAGUUACAAUGGAAAGUUUCAAAAUACCUUCCGGUUCAUUAUUUUACAUUGGUGACACUAAUGUUACGUUUAUGGCAUUUGAUGCAGCUG